GGGCAAACAAAAUGAAUAAUAACAUACAAACAAAGAAAAGCAAAAUGGUGCAUUCAAUGAUACACAAACAAACAAAACUGCAAAAGUGAAAGCCAAAACAAGCUCAGAUAACAGGAAAGAAAGAAAAAAACAGAGGAUGUAAUGCAAAUAAAGUGGAGCUAAAAAUGGAGGAACUCAUCUAGUCUUCCUCUCCUUAUAGUCAUCCACCACAGUCACUGGAAUCGAUAACGGUGGCUUUCUCUGAGAAAGAGAAAGAGGAAAGGUUGGGGGGUUUGAACUUUGAAUUCACACCCUGUGCUGUCACUGUGUGAAGAGAAAGAGAUAAAAAGGAUAGGGGGGGAAAAAGGCCUAGAGAGAGAGAGAGAGGAAAGCUUGCCUUAAAUUACGUUUCCCGUUUGCUGAAGAAAGGGGGAGAGAGACAGAGAGAGAGAGACGAUGGUGGGCUCAGGAGGAGGAGGAGAUAGGAGCAGCAAAGAAGCGGUGGGGAUGAUGGCACUUCAUGAAGCACUCAGGGCCGUCUGUCUCAACACAGACUGGAUUUACUCUGUUUUCUGGACUAUUCGUCCUCGCCCGAGGGUCAGGGGAGGCAAUGGUUGCAAGGUUGGGGACGACAAUGGAAGCUUGAUGUUGAUGUGGGAAGAUGGAUAUUGCCGAGGAAGAACGGGAGGAGAUGGAUUCGACGACAGCAUUGAUCAUGGGGAAGAAGAUCCUGUGCGCAAAGCAUUCAGCAAAAUGUCUAUCCAGUUAUAUAAUUACGGAGAAGGGUUAAUGGGGAAGGUUGCUUCAGAUAAGUGCCAUAAAUGGGUGUUCAAGGACCCAUCUGAAUCUGAACCAAAUGUCGCCAACUACUGGCAGAGCUCUUUUGAUGCUCUUCCCACUGAAUGGACUGAUCAAUUUGAUUCUGGGAUUCAGACCAUUGCUGUGAUUCAAGCUGGCCAUGGCCUACUCCAGUUGGGUUCCUGCAAGAUUAUAGCUGAAGACCUGCAUUUUGUGCUGAGAAUGAGGCACACAUUUGAGUCACUAGGCUAUCAAUCAGGCUUCUACAUCUCCCAGCUCUUCUCCUCCACCACCACCAGAAACAACAAUUCUUCAUCACCUUCAAUCCCAUCCAAGCCAUCUCUAAUGAUCCCCACCCGGGCUCCCCCGAUUUUCAACUGGGGCCAUGGCCAAAGGCCACUCCCACCAUCUGCAGCAGCUUCCAUGCUCCCCAACUUCCACAACCCAGAAAGUCGAUCAAUGGGGUUCCCAACACAAGGGAAAGAAGAGCCACCACCACCACAUAUGUUCCUGCUCCCACAUUCGUCGCCUUCCCCAGCGUCGGAGCACAAUCGAAUGGAGGGGAUGAUGAUGGGGACAGGAGGGGAGCAUGAGAGCGACAUCAAGUGGCCUAAUGGCUUGUCUUUCUUCAGUGCACUGACUGGAAGAACAGACGUGGAUGCCAAGCUCUUGUCUGGAACCAACAACAGCUCUGAAGCUUCUGAGAUGCAUGAUAGUCAUCCAUUUUCGUCGUCUGGCUCUCGACCGGAUGGCUGUCCCAGCUCAAGAAGCUACUUGGAAUGAUUAAGGAGAGUACUGUAGUAGGGUUUCUUUGUUGUUGAGCUUUUGUUUCCAGGUUCAGUUUUAGACAAACUGUAGCAGUAGUACUGUACUUUUGCUAGUUUCUUAUCAUAUAGCUGGUGUUUCUAAUUUGAUAAUCCUAAGCUUAGGGGUUAAUACCACUAUGAAUGUCUGAAUCAUGCUCAGAUUAUCAUAUGUAGUGUGUCAAAUUUUUGAAACGAGAUGAAAGUCCAGAAUACACAAGCUACAUGUCGCUAGAUUUCAAC